AGCACUGGCGUGGCGCAACACUAAUCCGUCAGUAUUUUUGUGUCGCUUAUCUCGUUCGGUUGUGUUAUUUUUAUUUUGUGAAUAUUUUGUGAGAUCAUUGUUAUUUGUGUUUAUUAUCUAAUGUAAUUAAGUGUCAGACUAAAGAAAAUACAAAAUGCCGGUGUUUCACACAAAAAUUAUCGAGAGUAUUUUGGAGCCAGUUGCUCAACAGGUUUCUCGUCUGGUGAUCCUCCAUGAAGAAGCAGAAGAUGGCAACGCAAUGCCUGACCUGGCGAGGCCGGUGCAAGCCGUGUCUCUCGCCGUCAAUAACCUGGUUAAGGUCGGCCACGAGACAAUCGAGUCUUCAGAAGACUCGGUCCUCAGACACGACAUGCCGAGCGCACUACACCGUGUGGAGACAGCUGCCACUCUGCUGCAGCAGGCCUCCGAUAUGUUGAGAGCUGAUCCUUUCUCAGGACCUGCAAGGAAGAAGCUGAUCGAAGGUUCGAGAGGAAUCUUGCAGGGCACGUCUGCCUUGCUGCUGUGUUUCGACGAGUCAGAAGUUAGGAAGAUCGUUAAGGAGUGUAAAAAGGUGCUGGACUACCUAGGAGUGGCGGAGGUCAUAGAUACGAUGGAAGACUUGGUGCAGUUCCUCAGAGACAUUUCGCCAGCACUCUCCAGGGCCGCCAGAGAGGUGGCAGCCCGAGCAGCGGAGUUGACCCACCCGCCUCACGCGGACACAUUGACUCGCUGCCUGGACAGCGUGAAACAGCUCGCGCCCGUGCUCAUCUGCUCCAUGAAGAUGUACAUACACAUCCUCACUGAGGGAGGCAAAGGCAUGGAGGAGGCUGCUGAGAACAGAAACUAUCUCGCUCAAAGGAUGGCGGAUGAAAUACACGAGAUCAUUCGUGUGCUGCAACUAACAUCAUACGUGGAAGACGGUGGCGAGAAGGACAACGUGGCGGUGCUGAAGGCGUUGCAGCAACAGAUACACGCCAAGAUCGGAGCUGCGCAUGAGUUCCUUAAUGACCCUGAGGCUCAGCGCAACAGUGCAGGCGAGAGAGCUAUCCGCAGUGUGCUGACAUCAUCUCAACGUGCUGCCGAACACCUGGCGCCGGAACCUGCUGAUGCUGCCAGGAGACUCGCCAGAUCCGGUGGCAUCAAUGCAGACCAUCUUUGUGACGAGCGACAGUAUGGACACGGCAGAGAACCCAAGGCAUUGAAUCUGGCGUCAGACCUGCGUCACCAGAUCAACGAGCUGGACUCCAUCGUGAAUGAGGGAGUGAGGGCCGCUGAGAAGCAGGGCGGGAAGACCAUGCAGGCCAGACUGGAGACAGCCCACAAGUGGCUGUUACACCCGGCAGCGGACCCGGUCACCAGGAUUGAGGGUCAGAAAGCUAUCAACAGCAUUGUUUCCCAAGGACAGAGGAUCGCUGACGGUCUCCAAGGUCGUGAGAAGGCAGAAGUUCUGCAACUAUGUUCAGAAGUACAGCGGCUGUCUGACAAGUUGGCUGACUUGUGUGCCAGCGGGAAGGGAGAUAGUGAGGAGGCGCGUGCUAUUACCAGGGAGCUAACAGACAAGCUGCACGAGCUGAAGCGAGCGACGGAGAGGGCGGUGGUGAACCGCGUGGUGGAGGAGUUCAUCGACGUGGCCGCGCCGCUGCGGCACUUCACCGACGCUGUCAAUGCGCCUAUGGGCACCCCAGGUCGCGAGAGUCAGUUCCACGAGAAGGCGGCAGCGUUAGCAGCGUUCAGCCAGCGCGCAUGCGCGGCGGCGGACGUGGUGGCGGCCGGCUGCGGACACAACAAGCGCCUCGCUGAUCAGCUCACGCAGAAUGCUAGACAGGUGGAGAAACUGUCACCACAACUGAUUUUAGCUGGCAAGAUCAGGCUCUACAACCCUGAUAGCAAGGUGGCAGAGGAACAUUUCAACAACUUGAAGAACCAGUACGCUGAAGCUGUGCUGCGCGUACGCGACCUGUGUGACCAGGCGGUAGAUCCCCUCGACUUUGUGAGGACUGCUGGUGAAUUGAUGCAGAAGCAUACAUACCUGUGUGAGGAUGCUAUUCGCAACAACGACUCGCAGAAGAUGGUUGAUAAUACUUCUGCUAUUGCCAGACUGGCAAACCGCGUACUGCUCGUCGGAGGAGCUGAACGCGACAACACUGAAGACCAGGAGUUCGCCCGAGCCCUGUCCUCCGCUCAGCAGCGCCUGCAGGCCGCCAUCCCGCCCGCCGUGCACCGCGCCAAGGCUGUGGCGCUCGGGGACCGCGCCCAGGCUGCUGCCUGGCGGACUGCUAACAGUGAGAUAAUCAGCGCUGCCGGUGAAGUAGAAUCAGCCCUAUCCGGUCACUACGCCCCGCCCCCGCCGCCCCCUGCAUUACCAGAAGCUCUGUCUCGCCUGCACAUGUCGGACGUUGCUGCACCGCCUCGCCCACCCCCGCCCGCUGGCGCCGCCCCACCGCCCCGCCCACCGCCGCCAGCUGACACUGAUGAUGAGGGAGAGGAUAUCUUUAGGAGGCAGCCACAUCCCAGCCAUCCUAUAUUGGUGGCAGCGCACAACCUACACAAGGCAGUGCGCGAGUGGUCGUCGAAGGACAACGAGAUCAUCGCGGCCGCCAAGCGCAUGGCCAUCCUCAUGGCGCGGCUCUCAGAACUCGUGCGAUCCGACUCUAAGGGCAGCAAGAGGGAGCUCAUCGCGACGGCGAAGGCGAUCGCCGAAGCUUCGGAGGAGGUCACGCGACUCGCUAAGAAGUUGGCGCUGGAGUGUACUGACAAGAGGAUCAGGACGAACUUGCUACAAGUAUGCGAGCGUAUCCCGACAAUUGGAACUCAGCUCAAGAUCCUAUCUACCGUUAAGGCCACCAUGUUGGGCGCGCAAGGCAGCGAAGAAGACCAGGAAGCGACUGAGAUGUUGGUCGGCAAUGCACAGAACUUGAUGCAGAGUGUAAAAGAAACAGUGAAAGCAGCAGAAGGUGCGUCUAUCAAGAUCCGCACGGAACAAGGUGGAUACCGCCUGCGCUGGGUACGACGCUCGCCAUGGUACCAGAUCUAAGUAUGUUGGUCACAUUUUAUAAGGUAUACAUAUGUAGUAUUUGGUACUCAAGCUGUUGGAUUCACAGUUUUAUGCUCGUUGGAAUAGGGUUUAUUUUGGCCCGUGCCUCUAUAGAAUAUGAUGUGACCUAUUUGGGAGUUGUGAAAUUAUCGAUUUUUAAUUUAUCUUUGUCACCUGCAAUAUUAAUGGUGUCGUGUAGAUAUAGCCAUAAACAACUAAUGUUAUUCUUAGGAAAAAAAGGUUGUAAAAUGUUGUAAUUGCUUUCAAAGUUGAUUGAAUAAUAUAGUGAUCUUGACACGUAUCAAUGAAAUUAAAAUAUCUACUAGAAUAUUCUUUUUAACUUGAAUUUGAUAACUAUCUCGGUGAGUUUAUUUUUGCCUAGAAGUUGAUUAUAGACUUUUCCUGCAGGUUGAGUACCAAACCAUACAGGAUUGAGGUUGUAACGCAGGUACAUAUAUAGCUAAGUAUUGAAGCAAUCCAACAGCAAUAAGUUGUUAUUGUAAUUAGGUAUUUUAUUACUAUGUGCAUUAGAGAGUAAUAACAUUUUUUUACUAGGGCUGUCUCCGAUGUUAGUGCCAAAAUCUAUUGAUUUUUACUUUAGUCAGAAUAUAAUUUUAUAAUUCUCAGCGGCAUCCGGUCUGACUGGAAGCCGACCCCAAUAUACAUAUGUAGGUAGGAAAAAACUAGGUAGAUGUAAUACUAUUUUGAUUUUAAUGUACUUUUUUAAAAUGAAGUUAUAAUUUAUACUGCUAAAACUUUUUUGAAUUCCUUAUAACUUAGUUAAAUCCCAAAGUCUACUGCAAACCUCUCUAAUGCACAAAGUAGCCUAAAUAUGCGCACACGCAUCAAUGAUCGUCACGUCAUAACAUGUAAGUACAUCAAAUAACAUAUUGUAAUGACAUCAUAUAAUGUAGUAACAUAAAUUAAUGACAAUCUUAUAUAAUUAUAUACAACUAUAUACUACUUUAGUUUAAUAUACAAAUAUAUACGUUUGUGUGUUAUUUAUAUGUGAUUAAUUUAACAUUGUAUGUAUAUCUAUAUUUUAAGUAUAUUUUGUAGAGUAAAUUAUGUAUUUUGAAGAUAAUAAUGAGCUUCCCUAUUUAUGUAAUAGAGUUGUGUAAUACCCUGUAAUAGUUACUUUAACAAUAUUAUAUUUUACAUAAAAACAUUUAUUUGUCGGUUGUAAAAAGUACCGUGGCAAUGAAUUUUGUUACAUCUUAUAGUACAUAUAUAACGUAAAAAUAAGUAGUACAACAGUAAGACAUACAGUACAUAUUUUUAUACUUUACAGAAAGAUAAGUUACGUCAUCAUUUUUUAAGUGCUAAACAAAAUAUUUUAUAAAUGUACAGACGACCGCACAUCAACCUAACACAAUCUGUCUUUCUUCAAUAGAUUUUCAACCUUAUCAGAAUAGUGGAACGUAAAUGUUCGUAAUUGAUAGAUUCGUUUAGGUUGACCUGCUGGCAUCUGUACUGUCGGUGCAAAAAAUAAGUAUCUACCUACUUUACCGAAUAAGCGACAAAAAUAUGAAUUGUUUUGAUCGGUUAUUUUAAUUCACGUAUUACAUAUAAUUAUGAUUUGAACAACGAAUUUUAUGUUUAUAAAAAUAACAAUACAAAUUGAUAUAGUGAUAGAAAAGUGUGAUUCUGAAAGUAAGUGCCAUUUUCGUGCUUUAUAGACGUAGGGGUCCUCACGCCUUACUCUGACGUAUGGUAGCUAAAUAACGCAAUAUAUUCAUAUAUUUAUACAUUAGAAGCAAUAUUGUUAAGCGUAGAUACACUUAGUUAAUGUUUGAAAGCAUUUUCUAUAAGUCGGAAAAAUGUUACAUGACAUAAAUUAGUACAACCUUUUAAUUAAGAGUGGGUUUUAACUAUAACGUUAACCUUACUAAAGACAGCGGUCGAAUUGCCAAUUUUAGUAAUGGUAAUUUUCACGGCUGGUCACGGUUUGUUCAUCGUGAUAGUUAAAUAGUGAAAUCUAUCAUAAAUGCGUACUCUCGAUCUAAAUUACUUUGACUAAGUGGUCACAUAUUUAUGCGCAUAACUGUACUCAGUAGAGGCCUAUACUUUGAUCGUAGUUUAUAGUUCCGUGGCCUUAGAUUAGCAGCUAUAUUAAAUGUUGUGUAAAUCUGGCUAUUUUUUAUAUAUUCAUUAAAAGUAUUAUUUAAAAGUUCAUUGUAGAUGUAAAAAUCAUAACUUUCAAUGUCCAUGUCUAUAAAACAUAGAAUGUGAUUGUAUAUUUUACAGUAUCUGCACAUUGUAGACUUUUAGUCGGUCGAUAGUUUGUUUUUGAUCAUAAAUCGGAAGGAAGAUGAAUGGUAGUACACACAUUACAAAGAUCAGGUAUUUAGCCGGUAUCAGACCGACUGAAGAUUUGGAUAGGAAUCAAGAUUUUCUUAGAAAAUAAAAUGUUGCUAAUUCCGGAACAACUAUCGGCGACUGUUUAGUUUGCAGUCUGCGGGUACUCCCCUGGAUUAAUUCACUGAACUUUACAAUAGCCUUCGUGAAACUAGCCUUAUAUUCCUACAUGAUAAAUAAGCUUAUUAUUUUGGUAUAUAGAGAGAUAUAAAUGAAUAUUUAUGAGAGCAAGCGUAGGACCGCGGAGUGAGAGCAAUAUUUUUGUAUGUCUGAAGAGAUUGUAGUGAUAAACUAAUGUAGUACAUAUUAUAUUGUAGUUUGAAGUAAGUAAUGUCAUUGUAAAUAACUUCGUCGCUAAAAUGUUGUAUUCGUUCUAAUGUUUUCGAUAGACUCUAAAAAAAUAUGAAGUUUAUUUAGAUAUCUACAAACAGGUCAUGAUUUUGGAGUAAAUACUGAAGUUUUAA